UCUUUUUGUUCAACUCUGUUGGAGUCCACUUGAUGAUAGGUAUUGCAAGAUAAUAUUAAUACUAUGCCAUCAAAAUUUGUCAAUCCAAAGAGAGCAGGGGACAGGGCAUUCCUUCAUUCCUCUUGACAUGUUUGUAUUUGCCAUUGCCCCAUAGGAGAUGAGGAACUGCAGAUUGAUGGAAGGGCUGACCUGCUUUUGGUUUGUCAAUCUCAGGAAGGUGCUGCGCAUCAGCUGUGGCACCAGACCACUUCCACCACAGGCUUCCACUAAGGGGAAAACUGGAACUUCAGAAGAACAACUUAAGGAUGAGAGAAAACAUGUUUUCACAAAACGGAGCACAGCAAAAAAAGCAAGACUUGGAUAAACCUGUUGGUCAUCAUUAGGUUUUCAGCUCGUCUAGUGCAAAGCUCUAGUAUUUGGUAGAUUGUGCUGUGAAACUGUGUGCUCAGGUUGGAUAUUAGGAAAAAUUUAUUCUCCAAAAGAGUUGUAAUGUAUUGGAUUAGGCUGCCCAGGGACAUGGUGGAGUCACCAUCCCUGGAGCUGCUGAAGAACUGUGGAGAUGUGGCAAGGAAUGAGCAGACCAACUCAGCUGCCAGCAAAAGCAGGUGCUCUCCCCUUACCAGUGCUCCAGAGGAAAUAUUUAGGAAUGGAAAACCUGAUGUUUGUCUACUGCUCCUGCAAAGUUAUCUGGACGCUGCUUGUAACAAUUCUAGGCUAUGCCAGCAGCUUGCCUCUGGGUGAUGACUCUAUUUGCACAGCAGAGGAACUUGCAAAGUACAGUAUAAUCUUCACAGGGAAAUGGAGUCAGACUGCCUUCCCCAAACAGUACCCGCUUUAUAGGCCCCCAGCACAGUGGUCAUCAAUGCUAGGUGUUACUCAUAGUUCUGACUACAGCAUGUGGAAAAAAAAUGAAUACGCCAGCAACGGUGUACGUGAUUUUGCUGAAAAGGGUGAGGCAUGGGUAUUAAUGAAAGAAAUAGAAGAAGCUGGAGAGAAAAUUCAGAGUGUGCAUGGAAUCUUCUCUGCUCCUGCCAUUUCCAGUGGCACAGGACAAACCUCCACUGAAUUACAAGUGCAUUCAAGACAUCCAUUAGUUUCAUUUGUUGUACGAAUUGUGCCAAGUCCCGACUGGUUUGUGGGUAUUGACAGCCUAAACCUCUGUGAAGGGGACCACUGGAUGGAAGAGAUAUCAGUAGAUCUGUAUCCAUACGAUGCUGGAACCGACAGUGGCUUCACAUUUUCCUCCCCAAAUUUUGCCACUAUUCCACAGGACACAGUUACAGAGAUCACUUGUUCCUCUCCAAGUCACCCAGCAAACUCCUUUUAUUAUCCCAAACUCAAAAUUUUGCCACCUAUUGCUCAAGUAACACUGGUGAAAUUAAAGAAAAACCAGUUGGGUUUUCCCAUACCUUAUCUUAACCAGCCAGCUAAAAGCAAUGAAAUACUUGACACGUUCUCAGAAACACCACUGGACUGUGAAGUUUCACAGUGGUCUUCCUGGGGUCUCUGCAGAGGUCCUUGCAGAAAAACAGGAACCAAGAUCAGAACUCGUUUUGUAGUUCUUCACCCUGCUAAUGAUGGAACGCCUUGUCCAAGUCUGGAAGAAGAAGCAGGAUGUGAACCAGAUAAUUGUGUCUGAAAUAAAGAAAAGAUAAUAAUUUAGAUAAUUUAAAAGUAAGAUAAGUGUAACUAAACCUAAACCACAUGUCAUUCAGUCUUCCUUAUAAUUCAGGUAUGCCACACUAUUUUGCUGACAAGAUAUAUUAGACUGGUUUUGAACAUUGCUGUUUAGUAUCAAGACUUUGGGGUGUUACAUUCUUAAGGUUUAGUAUGACAACAGUACUUCAUCAUUUACAGAUCAGAAAACUCAAAUAAAUCUCUGUUAUACACUCUAAGUUCUUGGAGUACCCUCUAGUGGCAGAAAAGAAGACAUUUGGAAAGAUUUUGCUUCGGAUGUGAAAACUAUUCAAUCAAAAAAUCUUAACUAAUAACAUUCUUAAAUACUGUAAUUUGUUGAUUUACAACUAUUUAUACCUAGAAAUUAAUUUUUUUCUCUAAAUUAUGUAUAUUGUAAUUUAUUGGCUAUUUUGUUGUCUUUCUAAACAUGUUUUACUUGCCUUUCUUCAGAAACUACUUCUAUAAAUCAGAGUGACCAGAUUUUUGCAGUGUGGCUAAGACAAUAACAUGAUUGAGUAAACUCAUCUUGAGACUUAUGAAUACAUGAAAAUGUCUUUUUUCCCCCCCCCCCCCCCUUCAAAAGUGAGAAGAAUAUCUACUACGAGGGCACUCAGCCAACAAAAUUACUAGAAAGAAACAGAAGUUUGGAUAGCAGUAGAAAAACUCUGAACUUAACUUUAAAAGCUUAACUGAGAUUUCAGACCUGAUCGAUGCUUAGUGUGUGCCCCAAUGAGGCAACUGUCUGAAAAAUAGUUGUUAAGACAUUAACACUGUUGGCUGUAAUAGAAAUUAUAUAAUUCUCUCUGUGUACGCAGUAAAUGUGUCCAUGUUUCUUUAAAUGUGUUUGUUGCUGUUUGUGUCAUCCUAAACUUUGCAAAGACAAAACUUAAUGAGGUUCUAAUAUUGUCUAAGGCAGAGGUAUACGCAUAUCUAACAAAACACAGUAUUGCAGAAACCACUUCAGAUGGCAAGCUUUAAUGCUCAUAUAAAUGUUUAUUAUAAAAUUAA